GAUCUCUUCUGCCAUACUGCACUCAUUAAAAAUGGCAACAACACCGUUUUCUGGCCUGCAAACGGCAAUGUCAAGGUCAUGUAUUCCUUCAUCACAAAGGUCAAGCGUUAUGGCUAUUUCUGGAAAGUCCAUGGUGGGAUCAUGGAACAAACUUGCAAGUGUGUGUCAUGUUUCAUCUGUGCAGCCUUUCCAGCGGGUUUUUACAUCAUCUACCAUAAAAUUUGAAAGAAUUGUUACAAAGGCAAUGUCUGAUUCUAGUCAAAAGAGUCUGGUUUCAGGAUUACCAAUUGACUUGAAAGGCAAAAGGGCUUUUAUUGCCGGUGUGGCUGAUGACAACGGAUAUGGAUGGGCAAUUGCAAAAUCUCUCGCUGCAGCAGGAGCUCAAAUUUUAGUCGGCACAUGGGUACCUGCUUUGAAUAUCUUUGAGUCAAGCUUGCGACGUGGAAAAUUUGAUGAGUCACGCGUGUUACCAGAUGGUUCAUUAAUGGAGAUCACUAAAGUUUAUCCUUUGGAUGCCGUCUUUGACAAUCCUGAGGAUGUACCAGAAGAUAUAAAAACAAACAAGCGAUAUGCUGGAUCCAGUAAAUGGACAGUUCAGGUAUAUAUGCAAUCUGUUAAAGAAGACUUCGGCACCAUAGACAUCCUUGUCCAUUCACUUGCAAAUGGACCUGAGGUGACUAAACCACUGUUGGAGACAUCGCGGAACGGGUAUCUUGCUGCUUUAUCCGCAUCUAGUUACUCCUAUGUUUCUUUACUCAAACAUUUUCUUCCAAUCAUGAACCCAGGUGGAUCUUCAAUUUCUCUGACAUACAUCGCUUCCGAGAAGAUCAUUCCAGGGUAUGGUGGUGGUAUGAGUUCUGCUAAGGCUGCACUAGAAAGUGACACUCGAGUGCUCGCUUUUGAAGCUGGGAGAAAGCGCAAGAUUAGAGUCAAUACUAUUUCUGCUGGUCCGCUGAGAAGCCGUGCUGCAAAAGCAAUUGGAUUCAUCGAUAUGAUGAUUGAUUAUUCAAUCGCCAAUGCACCUCUACAGAAAGAACUAUCAGCAGACGAGGUUGGUAACUCGGCAGCCUUCUUAGCGUCACCACUGGCAUCUGCGAUAACUGGUACUGUUCUAUAUGUUGACAACGGUCUCAAUGCUAUGGGUGUUGGAGUUGACAGUCCAGUAUUUAAAGACCUUGACAUUCCCAAGGACCAGCAUUAGGUCAUCGCUGCCACAUAAAAAACGAGUGUCGCUUGAAUUAGCAUAGCAAUGAUGUUAGUUUGGUUUUAUUGUUGCCAUUCCCAAAAUGCAGCGUCAACCUUGAGAAUUUGAUUUGCCUUUUGUAGGCUAUUUUUCAUAGGCUUUUUUGCUUUGUGACUUUAGUCCUUGUUAUCUACAAUUGCUCGGAAGUGCAGGUCAUAUGAGGAUGGUGGAAAGAAUGUUGACAUUGAUUUAUGAUCUUACUGGAACCUAUCCUGGGAAAUACAAAUAAAUUACUAUGUUUAGCAGUUUAUCUGA